GCAUGCUCUCUCUAUUUUCGUUUUUCAAUAUUGGCAUUCCCAACUUAAUUUUCAUGAGUUUUCAGAAGCAUGACUCCUCGUGAAAUAACUAUUCUAGUUCUAUUAGUUACUAUAUGUCUUCUUGUACCUUCAAUCUUCUGCUUAAUCUGUUUAGCAUGUCGCAUGCAUCUUGAAGCUAUUCGCCGGCGUCGUCUCCGGGUUUUCGCUGCAACAUCUCCAUCGCCUCAGGUUUCCUCCUUGACAAUUUCUCUACAUACUUCGGGCCUCGAUGACUGCACCAUUCAGUCGUACCCAAAGGUAGUCCUUGGUGAAAGUAGACGGUUUCCGGGACUUAACGCGCUGACUUGCCCAAUAUGUCUUGUUGAGUACAGUGCUGGAGAGUCAGUGAGGCUUAUACCUUUGUGUGAACAUAGCUUCCAUGCCGACUGUGUUGAUGAGUGGUUGAAGAUAAAGGCCACCUGCCCUGUUUGCCGAAAUUCUCCACUUCUUUUAGAAAACGAUAAGCUUGACCAAAUUAGCGCCGAGGGUGCAAUGUGUUAG